UUCUGUCUCAGUGUUGUGCCAACUGUUGUAGCGUGAACGUCUCUCUCGUCCUCUCCCACUCUCUUCCCCUUCAUCGCAAAGCGCUCUGUCGCUGCAAACUUCCCGCCCAUUCUCCCCGCGUCUGUCGAAUUCCUUCUGCUGCAGUGGUCUGUUGAUCAGGAAGCUUAUCUGUUCCUCGUCUGACUCUCUGCAAUGGACGAGCGGCAGAAAGUCUGAUGGAAAGCACGCGGGUUUUGAUCAGCUUCGGGAUGUGACAUGAAAGAGAGAACUCUCACUUCUUCUGCGAAGCAUGGAGGUCAACACGUGAAACCAAUUCGCUCCAGUUGCUCAGAGUUGAUGGAUAGGAGGAGGUCGCCCGUGAGAAGUCCCAAAAAGCACGUUAAGUGAUGGUGUCCUGAAAGGAAGAAGUUGGUAGCAAAGGAGAAAGAAAAUACAGUAGGGAAUAAUAAAGGAGAGAGGAAAGCGAAUCAGACGAUUGUCGACAUCGCAAAAGAAGAAGAUACCCAGACGUAACAUCAAGAUUAUUUUAAUCAUUUAAUCCGCUGUUUCUUCACAUUUCUUCUUCCCUACGAUACGAACAGAAGAUAUAUUCAAGAGGAGGAUCUUCAAUCUUUAGUCUGAAGAGGGUCGAGAUAGCUAUCAGGCUCAAAAUAAUAAAGCUCUAGAGAUGGGAAUCGCUCGAAGAAAAUGGGUCGUAGUUUUGGGGGCACUGAUCUUAGGCGCCUACCUGACACUGUCCAUUCUCACUCAGCUCGCCAAUUUGCCUGGGAACAAAGAGGCAACGUUAGGAGAGGGCGGAAGCGGCAGCGAGGAAUACACUUUGCCCUCCCUGGAAGAGGUCAUCCAGUCUGUGCGAGACCUGGAUGUACAAAGGGUCCUGAGAGUGUACAGCACUCAGCACGAGGAGGUACCGCAAGGGACAGCUCCGGUGCAAGUCAUCGUCUCAUCUACCUGGCGGAGCGGCUCGACGCUGCUGGGGGAGAUCCUGGGGGCGCAUCCAGGGGCGUUCUACCAUUACGAACCCCUCAUGCCGUACGGUCUGCAGCAGAUAGCCCCCGGACCCUUACAGGAGGAAGUGCAGGACCUGCUGAGCGGCAUCCUACACUGCGACUACCACAACCUGGAGGAGUACUUGAAGUUCGCCUUCGUCAACCACGACAUGUUCACGCGAAACACCCGCCUCUGGUCCAUGUGCAGCGCCAUGCCCCGCUCCAAGUGCUACAACCCGGACACCCUGGGCAGGCUGUGCUCCCUCUUCCCCAUCCACGUCAUGAAGGUCGUCCGCGCCCGCCUCGAGAUCCUGGCGCCCCUCCUGAAGGACCCCAAGGUGCACAUCGUGUGGCUGGUGAGGGAUCCCAGGGCCGUCAUGAACUCGCGGAUCAGCAGCGUCACCUGGUGCGAGACGCGCUGUAAGGACCCCGCCUACCUCUGCUCCGACAUCCUCGUCGACUUCAGCACCUACCUCGUCCUGAAGGAGGAGUACCCAGCGCAGGUGAUGCUCCUGCGGUACGAGGACCUGGCCAGGAACCCUUACGAGAAGAGCGAGGAGGUCCUCAGGUUCGCGGGGCUGUCGUUCCAUAAGAGAGUCAAGGAGUACCUGGACGACCACCUGACCUCGGACGAGGACGAGCCGUGGAGCACGCGGCACGACCCGAAGACUCGCCUGGGCCGCUGGAUGAAGGUCAUGAAGUUCGAGGACGUGAUCAAGACCCAGUACCACUGCAAGGGCAUCAUGAAGAGCCUGGGGUACCGGACCUUCGGCUCCAGGGAGGACAUGACCAACGGGAACGCCGUGGGACUCCUGAACGUGCCAUGACGUUCGCCCAUCCUCGAGAGGGGAGUUUCCUUCGUCCGGGCCCCAGCGGUCCCAGCUGAGGAAGGAGGUACCGUAGGCCUACGAAUCUGACUGCACAAAUUACCUGUAAGCCUUCCCAUGCAUAGCCAGCACAAACAGAAGAAGAAUUCAGUGUUCGAGUGACUCGGUGUAACUCCUGACCCUUCACGAACUCAAAUACCGGUAUAGUGAAACUGCCCACAAUUCAACGCGAAACAGAUGUUAUAAUAAUAAUAAUUAUUUUGAUAAAUGAUACUCCAACGUUAUUAACUAUAUAAUAAUUGUGCCUGUCCCCUUAAGAAGCAUAAGAUAGCCAACAGUUAUUUUAUAUAUAUGAAUAUAUGCAUACAUAUAUGUACACAUGUAUAUAUGUAUAUAUAUGUAUAAACCCGCGUGCAAAGGUCAAUUGUCUGUGAUAUGGUGUGUACUUUAUAAAAAAAAACAAAAAUAUAUUUUCAUGUGUC